AUGACCUGCUGUGAAGGAUGGACAGCCUGCAAUGGAUUCAGCCUGCUGGUUCUACUUCUGUUGGGAGUAACUCUCAAUGCAAUACCUCUAAUUGUCAACUUAGUGGAGGAAGACCAAACUUUUAAAAACCCCAUCUCUUGCUUUGAAUGGUUGUUCCCUGGGAUUAUUGGAGCAGGUUUGAUGGUCAUUCCAGCAACAACGAUGUCCUUAGCAGCGAGGAAAAGAGCAUGCUGCAAUAACAAAACCGGGAUGUUUCUUUCAUCACUUCUGAAUGUGAUCAUGGUCACUGGAGCUGCAUACUGCCUGACGGUGUCCAUCCAGGCUCUCGCGGAGGGCCCCCUCAUUUGUAACUCUCAAGGCAACAGAACUUCCAGUUGUGAAUUUUCAUUGACAAACGUAACUGCCAUUCAUCCAGAAUCCUUCGAUCUGCAGUGGUUCUUUGACGACUCUUGUGUUUCUCCUAUGGAUUUCAAUAAUCCCUCCAUCAACAACACAACAGCCAGUAACUGGAGAACAUACAGCUUACACUUCAAUUCUAUAGAAAACAAUCAUAGGAUUAUCCAUUUCUCAGUAUUUUUAGGUCUACUGCUUGUGGGCAUUCUUGAGACCCUGUUUGGGCUCAGUCAGAUACUCAUCGGCUUCCUUGGCUGUCUGUGUGGAGGAGUCUCUAAGCGAAGAAACCGAAUUGUGUAG